ACAACACUUACAACCCGCACCCCAUCCAAUCCAAUGAACGAACUGGAUCUGCACUACCCGCCCGACAAGUGCCCUUUUUGUAUCAUAGCCGCUGCAUAUCCAUUUGCAGACCCGGCCUUAUGGGAGGGGGAAAGCGACGGGCUGGCGCGCUGUGUGCCGGGCGAGGAGGAGAGUGAGCAGGGCGUUGAGAUGACGGAUCCGAGUAGUUUCGUCGUGCUGCGGAGUAGACAUGUUAUUGCUUUUUUGGACAUUUUGCCGAUGACAGGUGGGCAUUUACUUGUUGCUACUAGGAAGCAUACAGUCAAGGUUGCUGAUAUGGGGGCUGUGGAUAGUCGGGAAUUAGGCUUUUGGUUACCGGUGCUUGCCAGGACCGUGGCAAGAGUUACAGGCGUAACGGACUACAACAUUGUGCAGAACAACGGAGCGCGCGCCGCCCAAGUUGUUCCGCACGUGCACUUUCACAUCAUCCCACGGCCAGGCACCAUGCCAGAGAUCAAAAACAAGAGCUGGACCAUGUUCGGGCGUGGGCAGCGGGACGACCUGGACGAUGAGGAGGGCAUGCGAAUAGCGGGCGAGAUGCGGAAGGUGCUGAGGGACGAGGUGGAGAAGAUGGGGGGUGAGGCGAAGUUGUAG